AAACACCAACUUGCAACUCUGAAGCAAGAAUUCCAGAUCAACCUUGAACUGCGUCUCCCGCAAUCAAGACUCUAGUCUUCAACACAAGCGCCACCGUCAUCUUCGUCUACUCUCCGUUUCAUCCUUAUUCUCCUCAUUUGUCUCUCGUGUUUGUGAGGCGCGCUGCCCAACCUUUACUUACCGACCUUGACCGUUGCCGGACACCAUUAUCCCACAUCAAACAAGGUUCACAGAUAUUUCUGAAGCACAACUUGACUUGUUCUGGUUUGCUUAGUGUCACCACUUAUCAUUAUCUCGGACAUUGUCAGAAGCCCCGUGACCACGACGUGGCUGCGUGGGCUCUUACCGCUGGCUGCUGGCUGCUGGCUUCUGACUGCUCCUACAGACCUUUUUAUCUCUCGAGAUCCACUCUCGACUGGCCGCCUCCACAUCAUUUUCGGCUUCUGCGAUUCAUCCACAUCCAUUACCAUAUCCACAAUCAAGUGUCCACAUCCACAUCCACAUCAUCUGCAUGACCGUGGUCCGCCUCCCUGUUGAUCAUCCCGCAUUCCACCAUCCGCUCUUUCACGCUUUUUCCCAUCACUCAUCAUCAUUACUACUACAGCCAAAAGCACUACUGUCAACAACCAUCGCCAUCAGUCCACACCUCUGCGACAAUGGCCAUGCAAGGCCACUCGCCUUUUAAUGGGCCUUCUAGCCCUCAGCGCACUUACAACGGUACCUGACCUCUUUUCCGUUCCCUCCUCUCUCUCUCUCUCUCUCCAUCUUCUUCGUUCAUUUUCUUCACACCGUUGUCGCGCACAAAUAAUCAUUUUCUAAUCUCCUUGUCAGGUUACCCCGAUUCUCAACAUCAACCUCAGAUGUAUUCCCAACACUCGAGAAACAUGUUACCGCCCUCCCCCCAACAUUACCCUCCACAGCGCUUUUCACAACCUCCUCUCCCGGCGCCUCCCUCCUCUACCGCUCCUCAGAAUCCCCCGGUUUCCUAUCACAAAAGACCUGGUAGUAGCAUGUCGAUAUCGUCCAUGCUAGGAGUCGCAGAACCUGAUCGGGCCCCUCCUGAUCAACAGCAAAUACCUACCUCGAGAGAACCCUCCAGACAAUCCUCGAGCUCCGGCCCACCUUUACUGCUCGGCGCCGCAAUGUCACCGCCUCCUGCCUAUGCCUCAAAACACGCCUCGAAUAAUGACCACAUGUACAAUCAAAGGUCCAAUACUCCCGAUCGUAUGGACACUACCUCUCCGACCGGUACCAGACCUCAUCGCUCAAGUUCCGGCAACACGGUUCAACGAGCUGCCUCAUUUUACGAUCCUCAUCCUCGUUCUACACCAAACUCGGGAGUCAUGGGCGGUCUCCCUGGACCGAGAUAUCCAUCCCCGUUUGCUCCCGCUCAUCACUCCAGAGACGAUUACGGAGAUCGCAACAGGCGAACAAGCAUAAGUGGGAUAUUGCAGCGCCCAGAGAGUCAACCUCAACUAGCGACUAGCAAUCCACCUUUCCAUUCGGGCCCCAGUCCACAUCCUCGUCCAGAAAGCAUCCCCUCACUCUUGCAUUCGGACAGACCUGGUCCUGAACCUCCACGACAAACUCCGCACGCUGGGACUUACGACACUCGACCCCCAGGUCUGCCAGCACUGUCACGUCUCCCUGUAAAUACUCCUUCACAACAGAGCUACCAAUCCCCAUACGACCGACCAGUCCUGCAGUCGCUAUCACCCGAAAUCCGCCGUUCUCACCUCAAUGGCACCGAGUCUCGCGGCCUUGCUCCUAUUCUAAACCAGCAAAACGACGGCGCUCACUCUUUUCAACAAAUGGCCCGGCAAGAUUCAAUGCAGUCUCAAAGCGACAGAUCACUCGCUGGUGAUCGUUCACGCGCCCCAAAUCGUCCAUAUUCGCCAUUUGCAGGGUCUGUUGUAUCUCAUAAUAAUCAGGCAAUGGGGGAAGUAAUGAGAAAGGGAAGCGAGGAACUUUCACAACACCGAGCCAUUCUCUCUCUAGCUCAUGACUCGAAGAGAGGAAGGUACUCACCAGUGCCACAGGCCGUUCAAGGUGCGCAAGCGCAGACACCUGUUCCCGACGCCGGAAUCAAGACCGAGCAAGGCCGAGUAUUCUCAGGCAUCGGCGGCGCUUUGGGCACCGCCAGUCAGCCACAAACGUCAACACCGCAGCCAAUGUCCGCCAGCCCAUUCAAACAGAAUGAUUCCAAUUCAAAAUUGAGCGAAGAGAACCUGGUCAAAAUGUCACGCACCGCCUCAGGAGCAAGCAAACGAGCUCGCAAGGCCAUGGACGAAGACUCACGCGGAGACGGUGAAAGUACUGCGGCCAAGAAGAAUGGCACUUCCAAGACAAAACGAGGAAAAUACCAGCAUUCAUACAAACUUGAUCUGGACGAAGCCGCGCAGCCUCAGAAGAAACCCGGAUCGUUCACGUCGACGGAAAAGGCAUCUCAUCCACGCUCGACCGCUGGUACUGGUGCGUCGAAUCCUCAACCUCUCGCCAAUCUUGCAACUUCGCGCCACGUCUCAUCCGCAGAGCCAAAACCAUCGUCGCGGAAGAUUAUCAAGAUAUCGUCAGUUGUGGCAUCAGCAGCGAAAAAUCCCCGCCGGCACCUUGGGUUCUUCAAAUACAACCCUCAAGUCACGCCCAUCGACAGUCCCCGUCCAAGUACCCACAAGUUUGAUGUUUCCAUCAGGCCGAAUCUCAUUCCAUCUUUUCAACAACCUGAAAAUAUCAACUGUACCUACACCAUUCGUGUAUCUCGGAUGUGGCUCAAAGAGCGCGAAAGACGCCUGAUUGGCGCCGAAAGAUAUCUGUGGGGCUCAGGGAUAUAUACCGACGAUUCAGACCCCAUCGCGGCAGCCAUGCAUUCUGGUUUCAUUACCGCCGUGCCUCCCAGUGGAGUUGAUGAAGUUCUUCUAGAUCAAAUCAUCCGAGAGCAAAACUCGAAGAUUGAGGGAGGUUCAGCGCCCGAGAAACCAGCGCCUGUGCCUGAAAAUAAAGAUCUCCACAUCACUUUAGUGGUGCUCCCGGCCCUGGAGCGAUACGCAGAGUCGGCAAGAUUUGGAAUCAAGUCCAGGAGCUGGCCAGACGAGUCUUGCGGUAGCGAGACAAAGACGCCGCACGAUGGAGUGAGCUUCAUGGUCCUCAAGACCGAGUUCCUGGAAGACGGGAUCGAGUCGCAACGAGUGGGGAGGACUGGGGUGGAGAAGCGAGAAAGACUGAGAAGAGAGCUCCAGGAAAGGCAACGAGGCCUGGAGCUGGAGAAACAAAAAUUGUUGGAAGCUGCCGCAAGGGCAACCUUGCGCAAACGUCGCCAAAAGCAAGGGGUAACGGACAAAGACGCCGUGAAAGUAACGUCGACAGAGCUGUUAUCAUCUCUAUCGAAAGCCAACGAAGCAGGUGUCGAUGACGUCGGUGACAGUAGUCCAAAACUGGAUGUGGGCCAAAGUCCUGGCGAGUGGAUUCGGCAGUUGACAGUUGCGGCUGCAUAGAUGGAAUGGACGUGGGUGUGUACACAAGCAACGGCGCCGGGUGCGUGGAUAGCGACAAGUCAAGUCAAGAGGAUUUAUCGACCGGAUCGAAUGUGCAUUGUUGGACAAUUUCGUGUUGAAGCUAGACGUAGCUCCACGGGUCGGGUCAGACAAGCAAUGUGUAUGUGGCCUAACGAAUAAGAAUAACGUGACCUAGGUUGAGCAUCGCCUCUCAAGUACUUGUAUAAAAAAAUAGCAUGUUUUGA